GACAGUGACUGACCAGCACAGAUGGCAUACCCUUAGCACACUACAGUGAAGUUCAAGUGUCACGCGAUGGGAAUUUUGGCAAACGCCCAUAGUUUGUCCCCGCUGGGCAGCCGUAGAGAUAAGUAGGAAUGAUAGUUCAAUGCGGCCGCGCUGUACUGGCAUUGCAUAAUGAGGGAUAAUGCGAGCAGCAGCCGUCUGUCUCCUGUCACAUUGCAGUAGAGGGAGGAGGGCGCUGAUCAGACACGACGUGGCCGCACCUGGGGAGAUUACAGGGCAAUCUGCUGCCUACCCGUACUGAGAGGCGCCCUGUACCAGUGUCAGGCAGUCAGCUUUCUCCGGAGCAAGGAUCAUGGCGGUCACUGUCAUGCUGGUGCUCGGGGUCUCAGUGGGGCUCUACGUUUUAAUCUACUAUAACUUCAUCAAAGGAAGGCAAUGCAAGAGUGACGCCACCCUGAAAGGGAAGACUGUUAUCGUGACAGGAGCAAAUGUGGGAAUUGGGAAAAUGACUGCACUAGACAUGGCCAAGCGGGGAGCUCGAGUCAUUCUGGCUUGUCGUGUCAAAGAAACGGGGGAGGCAGCUGCAUAUGAUAUCCGUACAAUAUCUGGGAACAAUCAGGUGCUUUUCAUGCAGCUCAACCUGGCCUCUCUGGACUCCAUUAGAUCAUUUUGCAAAACAUUCCUGAGUAGUGAGCCUCGUCUGGAUAUACUGAUAAACAAUGCAGGCAUUGAAGGUAAAGGGAGGACUGAAGAUGGUUUCAAUUUGGUUUUCGGAGUCAAUCAUCUAGGACAUUUCCUGUUGACUCAUUUGCUUUUGGAUCGUCUCAAGCAGUGCAGCCCCAGCCGCAUUGUCGUUCUCGCAUCUCGUGCCCAUAGGAGAGGAAGGAUUGACUUCAAGGACCUAAAUCCACCAGGAGAUGCAUGGAGAGAUAUAGUCCAACUAUACUGUGACAGCAAACUCGCCAAUGUUCUGUUUGCCCGGGAGCUGGCCAACCGAUUACAGGGCACUGACGUGACUUGCUAUUCCGUUCAUCCAGGGGUGGUGCUCACUAACCUAGCGCGCAACUUCCCCUACUGGAUUCAGGUGCUGGUUUUCCCAUUUGCUUGGCUUCUGCUCCUGUCACCAAAGGAUGGAGCACAGACCUCUAUUUACUGUGCGGUACAAGAAGGAAUUGAAAUGUACAGCGGCCGCUACUUUGCCAACUGCCAGGUUCAGCAGCUCCAGCCCCAUGCUCGGGAUGACGCAGUGGCCAAGAAAUUAUGGGAAGUUAGUGAGGAUCUCCUGGGACUGACCAAAUGAAUCUUCCUGCAUAUCCUCUUACCUCAGGGCGCACCAGACGUCAUCCUAAGUAAAGGGGUGUCCCAUCAAUGUAAAUGUCAUUUGGAAGUACCCCUAACUGGCAUGAGAACAGGAAACUAUGCAAUUAAGUGGAAAGAUGUUUUACUGAUAUAAUUAGGGAUGGUAAUAUUUUCCAAUAUUAGUACUCAGCUAGGCUUGGGAGGAAGCAUGCAUACAUCAUCCAUUUAGAGUCACAGUGCAGAGCAUUUUAUUGCAGUGCAAAUCACAAUCUUUGCUGUAGUCCCCUUUAUUUCACUUUUACUAGCAACAGCAUCCAGCCACAAGUUAUGUCGGAGCUGGUGUACACUGACAGUGACUGAUGUCAUGUCUCCAGCUUUCCAGACUUUCACUGUGAAUGAGAUACUUGUGUAAAUUGUAAUUUGCCAGCACAAAGUCACUCCGUUAUGUCACUGGUUUCUAAUGAAUUAAGAGACUACAUACUUGCGGAUAUUGGUUUAGACCACAUACUGGCUGUAAGAUGCAUUUAAAGAAACAGGCCCAUCAAACAAGAGUCUACAAGUUCUUGAAUUUAUUUUAGUUAUAUAUAUAUAUUUUUUAACAUUACCCUUAAAUCUAAACACUCCUUUUUCUCUGACGUCCUAGUGGAUGCUGGGAACUCCGU